CCAUGUGUGCAGCUCUUGAGGAGGCCGAAAAGGGUGGUGGGUUGGAGAAUGUUGAUGAACACCAUAGAAGGCGGUGGGUUAAGGCAUUUGAGGCAUGUGAUGAAGACAUGAAAGGAUAUUUAAACAGAGAAGACUACAAAGUUGCUGUAGUGAUGCUUUUUGGGUAUAAGCCCUCAAAGGUGGAAGUGGAUUCAGUCAUGGCUUCUGUGAAGCAAAGUCAAUCUGGUGUAUCACUUGAAGAAUUUGUAAAACUCAUGAGUGCAAAGAAGCCUGCACAUUUUUACUGUAGUGAAGUGAGGCAGCUUUUCACAGUUUUUGACAGACAAUGUAAAGGAUUUCUAUCUUUUGAAGACUUCAAAAAAGCCUUCAGUAUUGUUGCACCAAAGUUGCCAGAGAGGAUUAUCAUUGAAGCAUUUAGAUGCAGUGGGAGCUUUAUCAAAUAAAACUCUCUGAAGAAACAAAUUGAAUUAUUAUAAUACAGGUGACAUCCAUUUUACAAUCAACAUUUUCCCCUUUAAAUGGAACAAUCCUAUACUCCAGUUACUGUGUUGUUAGGAAUAUACUGUUAGCUUCAAAGAGUUAGCAGAAG